AUGAUUAAUAGUAAGAAAUGUGGAUACGGAACUUUAUCAAAAGGUAGUUCUAACGUAUGGAGUACAAAUAAUAAAAUCGAAGUUGAUUACCCAAAUAGAUUUACAAGCUUCUUCUCACCUAAAAGAUUCCACAAAGAAAAUUGUAUAGUUAUUGAGACGAAAGUUUAUUCCCAUUUUAAUCAAUCUAAGCCAACCAAUAUUUUAGCUGAUAUGAACAAUUGCAAGUAUCAAGACGGUUUCUGCGAGAUCAAGAAAAAUGAAAUUAUAACAUGGGAUGUCAACAGAGAUCAGAAAUGUCAAUUUAUCUCUAUUGGAAUACUUGAUGGGAUGUACAAUAACAAACUCUGGGUUAACAAUAAGAACCAAAUUGCGUUAAAUUUUGAAACACAGAAGAUUGUGAAUGAUUGUAACAUAGACCUAAUGAUUAGUGAUGAGGGUUUUGCUGUAAAAAGAAUUGAAAGAUCUCAAUAUUCUCCAAGACACAUUCCUAUUCCAAUCCCAUCAUAUUCUCAACAAGAUAUUCAACGUCAAAGACAACAACAGGAGGACGACAGAAGAAAACGUGAACAAGAGGAACAACAGAGAAAGCGGGAGCAAGAAGAUAGUAGGAGACGGGAUCAAGAAGAUAUCAGAAAACGGGAUCAAGAAGAUGCUAGAAGACGUGAUCAAGAAAGACAAAAACAGAAUGAAGCUGAUUUUGAAAAGAGGAAACAAGAAAAGCUGAAGAAGGAAGAAGAACUUGAGAAAAAGAAACAGGAGAAAACUAAGAAAGCUCAGGAAGAGGCUGAAAGAAAAGAAAUCGAAGCAUUGAGGAAGCUACGGAAAGAUGAAGACUGGACAGUUCAUGAUGAGAAAUCGAAAGGUGUAGACAAAAAAUCCAACAGAACUAAAAGAGAAAUCUUUCAACCAUUACCAUUACCAAAUUAUGAUGAAUAUUUAAAGAUCAAACAAGACUGUGAUAACUUACCUAGUUAUGAAAUUGACUUUAUAGACGUUACUCAUUUUGAUGGAUACAAGUUAAGUAUUGCUCUCACACUCGGACAAAUACCAAUCAAGAUAAAAAGUCUAGGAGAUAAAAUUUGGUAUUACAAGAAUGAUAAUUUUGGAGGAGUGAUAUCAAGUAAACCUCAGCUUCAUCCUAUGAUCGAUUAUAGAACUAACAUUACUAAUAUGAAAAGUUUCAAAGAGUUUGAUUUAAAAUUCUUAGAUGACAAAGUAGUAUUCCAUGAGCACAUUCUAUUAGAUUUGAAGACAAAUAUUGAAGAAGAACUCAUUGAAGAAAUGAGAGAAAAGUCUGAUGUUUCAAUUGAAGCUCAUGCUAGUAAUCAAGAUUCUACUUUACCUCAUGAAAUAUUAGACGAUGUAGAAGGAUUCUUUGGAAAGUGGUGGCUUAGAAUUUGGAGAGUUGGUGUUACUUUGCCAGCAAUGUUCGUAUACCUAUUUAUAGCUAGAUCAUUUUGGAUGAUACUUUCUCCAAAAACUUUUAUUGAUAGAAAAAAUAGAAAAAGGAAAAGGGAGUAUGAGGCUGUAGAACUAAGAGAAAUGCCGUCUAUUCAAUCUCUUACUGUUGAUUAA